CGGAGUAUAGCGAUCGUCGCGUAGUGCGCCCUUUCGUCGUCUCAGCUUCUGAUGGGACAGACUAGCUUUGGGUAGUGAGGAGAGUACGCAGCUACCUAAAAAUGUCCGGUGAGUUAGGUCAGCCUGAGGCAGGCCCCUCACAUGCUGGGUUAGAUUUGCCGAACCCUGGGAGAAAUGGGGCUUGGGUCCCGGGAGGGGUGAUCCGAAGGGCCGGUCCCCAAGGGCGCAGGUCCUGGAUCCAAAAGGUUCUGGAGCAGAUAACGGAUUCACCUCUGCAGUGGGUCACCCCAUCGGAGGUGGUGCCUGUCGCUGUGCUGGCCGUCCAGAGAUACCUGUUAGAGGAUGAGCCACGCGACACGAUACCGAAACCUCCCCUUUAUUGCUAUGAUGUGACGAUCUCAGAUGGGGUGUACCGGGAGAAGUGCUACCUGGACCCCAGCCUGAACUUUCUCGUAUAUAAAAAUAUUCUUAAAGUGGGCAUAGAAAUGAAAAUUUCCAGAGUCUCGUGUCUUUACAAUGAGAAAAGAUUAGGCCAGGGGAUCCUGUGCAUAGAUAACGUCCACUGUGGGGACACCUUGGAGACUAUUUCUUUAGAAACUCCAUUCAGAAAUAGUGCGCACCAAGAGGUACCCGAGAGGCCUUUAAGAGGUGGGAAGAGUCAUUACCUGCCUCUGUGGAAUAACGAAGACCCAUACGGAGAUAUUUGGUUAACCAACAAGCAACCUGAGGAGCACAAUUUUAACGAUACCAAAAUAAUUUCCCUUUCUGACCUUGAGAUGACCUGGUCUAGCAGAAGGAAUUUUCCUGCAUUGCUUGUGAGAAUCUUGCAUAAAUCCAAACUGCGAUACUAUGGAAAACCUGAUAAAAAGUUGAUUGAGCCAUACCAGACCUUUUUGGAAGUUGCUGACAGUUCAGGCAUGGUGUCAGUGAUCAUGUGGAAUGCCCUGUGUCCCGAGUGGUAUAAAAGUCUGCGGGUUGGUUUAGUUCUUCUGCUUCAGGAUUAUUCUGUUAAAAAGAGUUAUCCAUGCAGGAUGCAGCCUCUCCCUGUGGAUCCGCAGAUCAGAUCAAUUUCUUCAAUGGAAAUCUGCCUGAACUUCCGAGAUCCUCCAACUAAGAUAAUUAUCAUUCCAGAAAAGCAGGUGAAACCGGAAUGGAGAUUGCCAAAAUUAAAUCACCACUUUGUCACAAGGGCGGAAUUGGAUAAUAUGGCAGAAAAUCAUAUCUGUGAUGUUAUUGGCAUUUUAGUUUUUGUAGGAAGGGUCCAGCGGUCAAAAAAGAAAGAUAGCCAGGAAGAUUUUUGGUCAUAUCGCUGGGUUCACAUUGCUGACGGGACUUCAGACCAACCAUUUAUAGUGGAGCUGUUUUCAACAUCUCAGCCAGAAAUCUUCGAAAAUAUUUACCCAAUGACAUAUUUCGUGUGUACUCAGUUGAAAGUUGUCAGGAACGAUGCUCAAAUACCUAAACUGCUUUACCUAACCACUACAAAUGAGAGUCGAGUGUUUAUUACUGGUCAUAAAGGCCAGCCAUACACCAACGAUAUCAAGGUAAAAAACUUUAUUCAUUGGAUUAAAACAAGGACGGAUCCUGAGGAAUUAAGGACUUCUGUUAUUGGUGGAUAUUACCCGUAUCCUCCAGUGCCAGAGACAUUUUUGAAGUAUAGUAGUUCUCUCAAAGUUGAGUCGCUCUUGACAGCUAUAAGUGAUGUGAGGAAGGAGAUUGAAGACUUGCAGUAUAGGGAACACAAGCGCAUUGCAAUUCAGGGGAUAAUUACUGUUAUCAAGUAUGUCCCCCAUACCAGUGCAACUGAAAGUGCCUCAGCAUCAGAAACACUUCGGGAUGCUGACCAACCCUCAACAUCCCAAGCAGCUAGAAGAGAAAGUCAGAGUCAGGAAAGAGAUGAUAAUAAUUGGCAUCAAGAUGAUGAUCCUAUGGGCCCUCCGUAUUUUCCAGCUACACAUGAAACUUUGAGCCCUACCAAGAAAAAAAGAAUUGUGCAAGGGCCAUCUGCCAAAUUAAUUCCUGUGCCUCAGCCAGAGACUUCUGCACAGACAAGAGGUAAUAGACCUGAAACACCAAAUAUUUUCCAAUCAGAUCAAGAAAGCCCAAGCCCUAGUGCCCAAGGGAAAGCAAGAAAAACUAUAAGUGAUAGAUGGGAAAGUCCUCUCUGGAGAGAGAAAAAGUUGGGCUUAAUGGAUCACCUGCAUUACAGCUGCAUUCAUACUGAAAGUAUUCCCCGGAAAUUUGUUUUGGGGCAUAGAAAGUUUCUCACUGAGCAGUUUAAUUCUCAGCCUGCAAAAUACACACCACCGGAGGGAAAGCCCCCAAAACUUGAGGACUUUAAAAGCGCCCGAAGCCUUGGACAUUUUGAAAUAACCAUCCUAGGACUGAACCAAGAGAUAGCAAUCGACGUUGCAUUCCUGCCUAUGUAUUCUCCAGAAGAUCUCCGUACAUCUCAAAUGGAUACAUUACUAACCUCCAUGAAUUACAGCUGUGUGUUUCCACCGACAACAGCUAGCAAUGACAGACUGCCAAGAGCACUUGCAAGUGAUAUUAUCAAAGCUGUAAGUAAACUGGAUAAAGUACGCAUCAUCUGUGUCUUGGAUAUCUGUAACUUGGGUAACAACAAGGUAGAAGUCUACUUGCACAGAAUUUAUAGCCCAAAUAAUACUUCUUAAAAGUUGGCAAAUGAAAUGGUUACAGGUUAUAAGGAAGGCACUGCUUUAAAGAUACUCUGUCAUUUUGUUGGUACGUUCAGUAACUGUUUUUCAGCAAGAAUAUUAAAUAAGCGUUAAAGUUA